UAUCAUACAAUCACUCCUACUAUCUCCACAUCAUAUUUUCCUUUAUCCUCUCACUUAAUUAUCAGUUCUAGAGAAAGAAACAACUAGUAACUAUAGACAGAAGGAGAGCAAACCAUGGGAGUAGCUCAAGUUAACCAAAUGUGGUUCCAUCUCAUGAUCAUCCUCUUCUCCUUCUCCAUCUCCAUUUCUUCUAUUUCUGGAGCUGAAUCAAAUUGUAUAUACACAGCGUAUGUCCGUACUGGACCAUUCGUGGAGGAUGCAACUGACUCAAAAAUUACCUUAACUCUGUAUGAUUCGAGUGGAUCUGGAAUUAGAAUCAACAACCUUGUGGUUUGGGGUGGGCUUAUGGGCAAUGGUUACAACUACUUUGAAAGGGAUAGCAUGGAUAUGUUCAAUGGUAAAGGCCCAUGCUUGUCUGGCCCUAUCUGCAAAAUGGUGUUAACUUCAGAUGGUACAGGAAGAAAUCAUGAAUGGUACUGUAACUACGUCGAAGUCACCUCAACAGCAGACCACAAACAAUGUAGCCAGCAAUUGUUCAAUGUGGAUCAAUGGCUUAGCACCAAUCGUUCACCGUAUCAGCUCUCCGCCACCAGGAACAACUGUAGGCGUUUGUCCGAUGAGCAACAGUUGCUUUACCUUUCUGAGUCAAAUAAUGUUGUUGAUGUGUAAUUGUGCCAUCUUUCAGAUUUCAAGAUUCAAUAAGUCUAUUUUUAUCAUA